GAAAGAUACGAUCGAAAUGCAGAAGUUAAUUAUUUUCGCUUUGGUUGUCCUCUGCGUUGGUUCUGAAGCCAAAACGUUCACGAGAUGCGGUCUCGUGCAUGAGCUGAGGAAACAUGGCUUCGAAGAAAAUCUCAUGAGGAACUGGGUAUGUCUGGUCGAGCACGAGAGCAGCCGUGACACAUCCAAGACGAACACGAACCGUAACGGCUCGAAGGACUACGGAUUGUUCCAGAUCAACGACCGGUACUGGUGCAGCAAAGGCGCCAGUCCAGGCAAAGACUGCAACGUUAAGUGCUCCGACCUCCUGACUGACGACAUCACUAAGGCAGCGAAAUGCGCUAAGAAAAUUUACAAACGUCACCGCUUCGAUGCCUGGUACGGUUGGAAGAACCACUGCCAGGGCUCUCUGCCUGAUAUUAGCAGCUGCUAAAUUCCACUGUGAGCUUCAGCUAGACUUUCGAUUCGGUCUCCUCGAAACAGAACUGUGUGCUUAGUGCGAGUUUUUUAACGUUCCCGAUAGCGUAAAAGUUUAAUGUGUAUGCAGUUGGAACAGCGUCCCUAGCGGCACGCGUAGGUAAACAUUCUCACUCUAUAUAAAUUUAGGUUAACUUUUGCGUUAUCGAGAAAGUUAGAAAACUCGCACUAAGCGUACAGAUUGCGUAUUCAAAUCUGGAGCGCAAUUGCUUCGACAAAAAUGUGGGGCUAUCAUUCAAUUCAUUUAACAUUUUAGACAUAAAUAAACAAACACUUCUCAGAAUGAUUUUUUUUUGAAGCUACCUCGAUCGAUUUAAUUGGAAAACAUUGAUCUAUUCGAACUGAUUGACAUGAAGCUGUUUUUUUCCUUUUUAAUGCUGUAAGAAGAUACCUUCAAAAUAAAAGGUGAUAUUUCGUAAAGAUAAUGCAAGGCCAAAUAGAUUUUUGAUCGUAAUGAGUUUCUUCACAUAAACACUACCGUGCCAGAUUGAAUUCGUCUUCAUGAAAACACACGGACGUUUCUCGAUGUUCUAGCUGGUACCGACGCUAAUGUGAACCUGAUUAAUUGAAGUAGCCUAAAAUCAUUUUAGUGUGUGAUUGUUGAGUUAAUUUGUUUUCUGACGAUCCUUUUUGUCAAUUGGAAAAUUGUGUGGCUAAAAUAAGCCAGAACUUUUAAUUGAAUUGAAGCCGCGAACGAAUUUAUUAAUGAAAGUCUGCUAAUUAAAUUGUUAUUUGGUAAAAUGUGAUAAUUAGGUUGAUUUUAAUUUUUUGUUAUUUCAUUUGGUACC